CAUUCACGCGCUGUCCCGGAAUAUUGUCGAUGUCCGUUGGUGGUGACAUUGUAUACGUGCGACACGACUAGGAAGAGAGGGCUGGUCACUCAGGAUGAGGCUCGUGGUUCCAGUGGUGCUCUCACUGCUGGGAUUCGCAUCAGUUUUUGGCUAUGGCAAAGGACCCAGAAAGGGGGGCUUUCUCCCUCGUGCCUACUCCCCUGUGGGGUUUCUAAAGCCCCCUUUCGGACCUUUACCUAGACCAUUCAUCACCAAACUGAAGCCUAUUCACGUUAAGACGACCGUCACCUUCCCCAAUGGCUUCACGAGAGUGAUUUUUCCCAAGAGAGGGUCGAACUUCAUCCCUUACGGCGGGGCACCUGUACCUGAACCUUACGGCGGUCCACCUGUACCGGAACCAAUCCCGGUGUUUCCGAUAGCCACGAGCGUGGUGCGUCCCGGCAUUGUCAAUACGGGGUUUCCUGUACAAAAAGUCAUUAAACCGAACCUCCCAAAACCGGCACCUGUAAAACCAAUAAUCGAGAAAACAGAGACUGCCAAACCAAUCGAAGAAGUCGGAAAACCAGUAUUUGGUGGGACGUUUGUUGUAAACAUUGAUAGAACGAAAGAUUUCCGACCCUCUCCACUGCGAAGUGUACAUUUUGAAAAUUUUGAGGUUGCUGUGAACCCUGGCCCUCUACCCCCCAUUCGAGGCCCACCACCCCUAGAAUUACCACCCCCGCAGCAAGUCUGGCGCAUAGGAAACUCCGUAGACCUUAGACCUAGGGAAUUUUUCAGACAGGACUUCAAUUUCGACCACAGGAAUAUUGAAAGAAGAUUUAAUUUAGUGCCCAGAGCAAACAUCAACAUCCAACAACCCGUCAGAGAAUUCCGGCCCAUACAACCGGUCUCUCCCCCCAUACAAGAGAACUUACCCAGACCACCGCCACCUCUAGAUCCGCCGGUAAGAGUGAAUAUUGUGGACAACAUUGUCCCUCCACCUCCCGUUGAGAAAAUUCCAUCCCUUCCGGUGAUGCCGAUCCAGACUUCCCAUCCUGUUGACCCUCCAUUACUUCCGCUGGAACCAGUUCUUCCGCCAGCUCCCCAGCCCGACAUUCCUCUAGUUCCAAUAGCCGACAUGAAACAGGGACCUGUAGAUCAGCAGGGACCGACCCGAGGAGACGUCCCUAAUAUAGGACUAGUUUCUCCCGUUCCGGGGGACCAGGCAAACGUCAUCAUGGAUUUUAAAGAAGCCAAUACGGGAAAAGGCAACAUUGACGUCAUAAGCAAGGAAUUCUCCGAUGCCGGGGGUGUUAGAGCUACAAAAAUAGACAUCAAUCAAGCUAGCGGGGCAAAACUAAUCGGUGAUCCUGGACCUGCGAUAAACGUAGGCCCUGGCCCCGCUCCGCUGGUGGAUUUGAGUGUCGGUUCUGACUUUGUUGACAACAAGCGCAUGAUAGCAGCCGACAAUGGCUUAUUUUCGAAUGAUCUCUCUAUGGCUGGUUCAACCUUUUCGGAACACGGUCAGUUUGUUGGAGUGGGCAAUAACUUUGUUGGAGCAGGCAAUAACUUUGAUCACGUAGAUAGUAUCAACAUAAAUAUUGACCCCAGCCUCGGUCUGGAUUUCGGCCCUCCUAACGAUCCAGUGGUUGGUCCCGCCCAUUUCAAUUCCCAUAAUGCAUUUGAGCAGUCUUUUGAUAAGAAAGGUCUUGAUAACAGUCUCAACUUCGAAAAUAAAAUGUCAAAUUUUGAAGCAACAUCAAACUUUGUUGAACCUGGACCAAUCCGACUAGCAGAAGCCUCUUUUGACAAUGCAGCCAUGUCUUCUAAAACUUCUAAAACUUCUAAAACCAGUGGAUUUGACGACCACAGUCAUAUUAUCAAACGAACAACUACAAUCAAACGAACCUCAUGGACUUCCUGAUCAGUGCCGCCUGGUGGCUAGCACAAGAAUGAGGCAGAGGGUAAAGGGAGGUAAU